UGAUUUGGCCUGUUUACUCAGCGGCCAUGGACGCUGCAUCGAUCUGUAUAGUCAGUUUUCCCGUGUAUACUAUACCGCACAUCAUAAAUCCAGCCCAUUUCACAGUUCACACAACGGCUGCAUAACAGCUGCCCGCGCGUGUGAAAGACCGCCCGGCACUUCUCACCCCUUAUUGGUCGAUAUUUCACACCAUCGCCCACCCGGUUCCCCGGGCCUAACACGGCGAUAUUUUACACACUCGGCGCCCAUCAUCGCCUCCUAAUCCUGCAGUAACCGUUCAGCAGCAUCCCCGGCAAUUGGCAGUCACGGCGUGCGGUGCACAGUUAAGCGGGUUAAAUGAUCCACACAUGAUAUUUGGACAUCUAUGGCCCGUCAUACGCCCGGCAUUAUACGCUGCUAUUCAGUUGGCGCUCAGUUUUUGUCGUUGAUAGUUUAGACGAAUUAGCCGCUUGGUCACACACUCACAUCUAGCACAUCUUCACCCUGAACCGCGUUGCCGUAUAUUUCAACCCAGCAGGCCGACUACAUGGAUGGCUGUUGACCCGUGGCCUGGAUUUUUUUCCUCAUCAUUUAUCUCCUUCACACAAAUGUUUUUACCGGCUCUUCCAUUACACUUAAUUGCCGUCAUAGGUGUAUUGUCAUAACCAGCGGCACGGCAUAGUCGAGCGUUGCUUACGCGCCGUGUGCGCGCUCCCUAAUCUAUCAAUGGAGGCCACUCAUUUUGUCCGAUUAGGCUGGAUGGUGUGUGGCAGCUAAAUGGGAAUAUGAUGCGUGCCACUGUAUGGGCUCGGUGCUGCUGCUGCUGUUGUUGCUUGAAUAAAGCCGGUCUCUAUAUGUGUGUGGCUGUAUUUAUUGUGGGAGCGAUUGCAUGUCGCUGUCGUCAUGUCGCAUCCGUGGAUGUUUAUUGCUCAGAUGCAGUGUUAUGUCAUUAGCGUAAUCCUGCUAUCGGAUUUCUCAAAGUUUUCUUCCGCUCAGUUUAAUGUUCCCAAAGCCUCGGAUGAUCUGCCGAUUAAGCCGCUACAGGAAUCACCCGAUCCCAAGUACGACCCGGCUCCCACCGAUCUCAGCCCGAAUAUCCUCAAACAGCAGCUGGGCGGGGAUUUCGUCCCCAAGUACAUGUCCGUCUCGCGGCCACUAGAGAGCAUCAUCAAGCCCAACGGCAGUCUGGACUAUUCCACUUACCACAUUCCGCAGGAGAUUAAACAGUUGCGCUUCGCCAAAUUCCCGGGAAAAUUCGGCGGGAAAGCGCGCCGGUCAUUCCGCAAGAAGAUCCGGCAGUUUUUGGCGGCGUAUACUUUUUGCCCGAUUAAUUACCGCUGGACGGAUUUGGGAGUGCGAUUUUUCCCCCGCUGGAUCCGCCAGGGUGUGUGCUAUAAUGAACCCGGACAUUCCUGCAGUAUACCGGCAUCCAAUAAGUGCCAGUCAUCUAAAUCACAGAAUCUCCGCUUACUGCGGUGGCACUGCCGCAAUUGGGACCGCGGUCUAUUCUGCCGGUGGAUCUCCAUCUGGUAUCCCAUAAUCACUGCCUGUGAAUGCAAAUGUUGAAACAAAUGGUUUUUCUCUCUUUUGAUGACGUGUUUCCUCUGACCUUUCUUUUACUGGUGCAUUUGGAGGAUUAGCAAUCUGGAACAGUAUAUGCAUUUGUAAUGCCGUGUAUACUUUACCCGGCGUGUGUAUGGAAAUUAGCUACAAGCACCUUUCAUCAGUCAAUUGAUUUAUUGGAAAGUUUUUGUGCCUAGACGUGUAAUACACUGCCAAACAUGUAGGUUCAACGGGUUAGGAAAACUGAGCAAUAAAUGAAUUGGUGAGCGCGCUGAUCGCUUGUAUUAAUGAUGUUCUACGUAUUGUGGCAGAUUGGAGCAACCGGAUGCGAAAAAAGCAGGCCGCGUUGACAAUAAUCUCCCGGUUUGUUGAUAGAAAUGUUGUUUCUUGUCAAUGGUAUCAACGUGCAAGAAAAAGCAGCGGAACGUGAUGGGAAAGUGUUUAGCCACGAUAACAGCUUAUAGUGAUUUUAGUGA